AUGUUUUCACCUGCCGUGUCUCGCCUUAAAGAUCCUGUUUCUGUUCCUCCUCGAAUUCGCUCAACUGCAAAGGACAGUAAAGCUGCUCUUCAUGAGAUAAGCUGCAGACUGAAGGAAAAAUUAAAACAGGAGUGUGAGCGAAUUUUGGUUGGUAAUUCUCAGACGGGUCAUCAGAAAUACCUGAACGAUAUUUACACUGAUCUAUAUGUGGUGGAGAAUGAGACUGGAGGAAUAGUGAGUGAGCACGAGGUGAGACAGAUCGAAUUCAAACAAUUUGAUGCCAAGGACACACCGAUCCAAUGCAAUAACAUUUUUAAAGUCCAUAAGGGUCAACGAAAUAGAAAAGUGCUGACGAUGGGCAUCGCAGGGGUAGGAAAAACAGUCUCUGUCAAUAAAUUCAUCCUUGACUGGGCUGAAGGAACAGAAAAUCAGGAAAUUGCUUUAAUUUUUGCUCUUCCAUUCCGUCAGCUAAAUUUGAUUACAAAUAACUACAGUCUCAUGGGACUGCUUCAUAAAUACUUCUUUAGUGAUCCUAAAGAACUGCCCUCUCUUCCUGAUGGUGAUGGUAAAAUCAUGUUCAUAUUUGAUGGGCUGGAUGAAUGUCGCUUCCCUUUGAGAUUUAAAGAGGAUGACAGAUUUACAGAUGUUCACAAAGAAACAACAGUGAGUAAGAUAGUUACAAGCCUGAUCAAGAGACAUCUGGUUCCCUCUGCUCUCAUCUGGAUCACAUCCAGACCAGCAGCAGCCAGUCUGAUACCCCGAAACUACAUAGAUCAGGUGACAGAGGUGCGAGGAUUCAACGAUGAGCAGAAAGAGCAAUACUUCAACAAAAACAGCAGUCCUGAGGUUGCUGGAAACAUCAUCCGUCAUAUAAGGAAAUCCAGGAGCCUGUACAUCAUGUGUCACAUUCCAGUCUUCUGCUGGAUCUCUCUUACUGUUCUUCAGCCGCUACUGGCUCGAAAGAGCAAUGACAAAACACCCACAACUCUCACAGGGAUGUACACAAACCUCUUAGUUUUUCAGCAGCAACAGAUGAAAGCAAAAUACAGUGAUGAUCCUGAACUUAAAGCCAAUGCCAGGCCUUUUGAUCAGAUUAUUCUGAAGCUUGGGAAACUGGCCUUUCAACAGCUUGAGAAAGGAAAUCUGAUUUUCUACAAAGAAGAUCUUGAGGAAUGUGGACUAGAUGUAAGUGAAGGGUCGGUGUUCUCUGGGUUAUGCACUCAGAUCUUUCAGGAGGAAAAAGCUGUUUCAGCAAGAAACAUUUACAGCUUUGUACAUCUUAGCAUCCAGGAAUUCCUUGCUGCUCUCUAUGUGUUUUUGAUUAGCAAAGAUGAGAAAGCAAAGCUACUUUUUCAUUCCCAGAGAGAAAAACUGACAUGGAAACUGUCCAGAAAGACACAGCCUCAGCUUCAUAAGGCUAUAGUCAAAAAGGCUUUGCAAAGUGAGAACGGACACCUGGACCUUUUCCUCCGGUUCUUUCUGGGACUCUCUCUGGAGUCCAAUCAGAGUGAUCUGAAGGAAUUACUGCCAGGACUGGAACUCAAAACAGAGAACAUGAAAAACACUGCUGACCAUAUCAAAAAGAAAAUAGAGAAGGAGAAAUCAGUAGAGAGGACCAUCAAUCUCUUCCACUGUCUGAGUGAACUGAAAGAUGACUUUGUGAAGGAAAUCCAGAAGAAUCUGAACUCAGGAAAUCUUUCAGUACAGAAGCUCUCCUCUGCUCAAUGGUCGGGUCUGGUGUUUGUGCUACUGAUGUCAGAAGAGACUCAAGAGAAGUUUGAACUGCAGAAAUACAGAAGAUCUGAUGAAGCACUGAUGAGACUGCUGCCAGUGAUCAAAAACACCAAAAGAGCACUGCUACAGUGCUGUAAUCUCACUGCUCAGUGUAGUGAGAGUUUGUCUUCAGCUCUACAAUCCUCAAACUCUGUCCUGAGAGAGCUGGACCUGAGUAACAAUGACCUGCAUGAUUCAGGAGUGAAGCUUCUUUUUGAUGGACUGAAUAGUACAAACUGUCAGCUGGAGAUACUGAGAUGUUCCAUAUGUAAUCUCACUGCUCAGUCUUGUGAGAGUUUAUCUUCAGUUUUACAAUCCUCAAUCUCUAUCCUGAGAGAGCUGGACCUGAGUAACAAUGACCUGCAGGAUUUAGGAGUCAAACUUCUGUCUGAUGGACUGAAGAGUCCAAACUGUCACCUGGAGAUACUGAGAUUGUCUGGCUGUAUGGUGACAGUGGAAGGCUGUGGUUAUGUGUCUUCAGCUCUGAGUUCGAACCCUUCACACCUAAGAGAACUGGAUCUGAGCUACAAUCACCCAGGAGAUUCAGGAGUCAAGCUGCUUGAUAAACUCAAACAUCAAAACUGCACACUGGAUAAACUCAAGUAUGUUUAGCAAGAAGAGUUUCACUUUAUUUCUUUCAUACAUUUACAAAAGUUCUUACUGAGAAUGAACAGGUUUAGCUGUAGUUAUACAACAGGGCUGUUGAAUGCUUGAUUCUGAUUGUUUGACAAACGUUCUAAGGUGUGCAAUUAUUUCAAGCAAACGCACAGCUAAAGUAAACAAAUAAAUAUAACAAAUAGUAGGAUUCAAAAUGACAAAGUAUUUUCAUGAA